AUGCCACAUAGUAAGAUAAACUCCUGUCGUUUGAAAUCACCUCCUUGGUGGAACGAUGACUGUGAUACUGCAGUCAAAGAAAGGAGAAAGGCGCUAAAAAGGCUCGCCGAGUGCCCUGACAGAGCUCGUCUCGAUGAUUUUAAGUCUGCUAGGAGAAGGUGUUCAGAAUGCAUACAGGAGGCUAAACGAAUUGGUUGGAGGAAACUUGUUGGCAGUUUUAAUUGCAAAACUUCAACGCACCGCAUCUGGUCUCUUAUUAAAAGUUUCAGGCGUAACAAAAACCCUCCCUCGAACCAGGACAAUAAUCUUGACACGGUCUCACUGGCUGCCAUCGAAAAACUAUGUCCUCCCUUUUGUCCAUAUAACGACCACAAACAUAUUGAGGAUAUGAAACGUGAAGAUCUUCUUCAACAUAAUACACAACAAUGGUUGGAAGAACCCUUCUCAAGAGUCGAACUUACUAGGGCUAUCAAUGUGGCUAAAAAACGUUCCGCCCCAGGCUUGGAUCAAAUAGAUCAUUCCAUCAUCUCCAGUCUUCCCGAUGAGUAUAUUACCAGACUACUUGAAUUGUACAAUCAAAUACUAGCACAGGGAGUUAUACCGGACUCUUGGAAGGAUUCCCUAGUCGUUCUUAUUCCUAAAACCGAUGGGAAGUCUGUGCGCCCAAUUUCUCUUCUCUCAUGUUUUGCCAAAUUAAUGGAAUACAUGAUAUACUUUAGACUUAGAUGGUUUAUUGAAUCACGUCCUCUUCUUCCACAAACGCAGUCAGGCUUCCGACCAACCAGGUCUUGCAUAGAUAACCUCGUGACUCUCACCUCUAAUAUCAGAACAGGCUUUAUUAGGAGAUCUCCUACCGUAGCAGUAUUUCUCGAUAUUGCGGGAGCUUUCGACAAUGUUAUACCUCACAUUCUAAUUAGGGACUUGUAUGAAAUUGGCAUUCCCGCCUCUAUUAGAAAAUUCAUUGAAAAUUUCAUCUCUAUGAGACGUCUGCAUUUCGUGGUAGACGGUUCUCUCUUAGGACCGUUUAAUUCUUAUAAGGGCACACCUCAGGGCUCCACACUCAGUCCUGCGCUUUUCAAUAUCUACCUUAAAGAUAUCAACGAUCACAUUCAUUCAGAUUCUCGUAUUUUGCAAUACGCUGACGAUGUUGUCAUAUAUUCCACCUUAAGAAACAUUGACUCAGCUAUCUCAUCCGUGCAAAAAUCGAUUGAUAACAUUAAUACAUGUUUAAGAUACAGAGAUCUCGAACUGUCACCGUCUAAAUCGAGAUAUAUGAUAUUUUCUCGCAUCAAAAGUUGCUCAGAGGAUCCUAAUAUUCAAAUCUCUAACACACAUAUCCCCAGAGCUUACACACAUAAAUUCCUGGGGGUUGUCUUAGAUGACAAGCUGUCGGGUAUUCCACAGCUAAAGGCCCUCAUAGAGAGAGGUAAGAAUAUUGCUAAUAUAAUUUCUUCUUUGGCCGGAGUCAAAUGGGGUUCACAUCCCGACGUGCUGCUUACGGUAUACAGGGCAACUCUUAGAAGUGCUAUCGAAUAUGGAGCUCAGAUCUUUACAUGGAACCCGGAGUCUGAAAACUUUGUUAAACUUCUCAGAAUUCAGUAUAAGGCUAUUAGAAAGGCUAUGGGAUAUCGGAUUUCCACCCCCAUUAAUGCCAUGCUGAGCGAGGCAAGGGAACCUCCUCUACACUUAAGAUUUUCCUAUAUCACAUCCAAAUAUAUAUACAAAGCUAUGGCUAACAAAUUUAGUACAUCAUAUGAAGCCCUUAAAGAACUGGAACUUACAGCCAUCCAAAAAAACCAGAAAUUGAAGACCAUCAAAAGUUCUAAUCUAUUCAAGUCUUAUAUUACACAUCUUGCAGACAAGAAAAUUACACAUCGCGCCACAUACCCUCCAGCCUUCUGGCACGAAUUUGAAGUCAUGGCCAAACCUAUCACUUAUAUCGGCAACAUGCUUCUCUUUCAUUCAAAGGACGAUCCCCACGCUACGGCUGCCAUUUCUUACGAGAUUUCACUAGAAUACAGAAUAGAUGCCAUUUCUAUUUACACAGACGGUUCCAAGGAACCUGACAGUGCUGUCGGAGCUAGAGUAUACUCCCCCGAUCUGAAUAUCAGCAUUAAACACAAGCUGCCAAGCGAAACCUCUAUUUUCUCAGCGGAGCUUUGGGCUCUUUACCAAGCCGUCCUCCUCGCCAGAGAUUGUGGAAGCAACAAAGUUGUCAUUUUUUCAGACUCCAAGAGUGCGCUGGAUGCAGUCAGCAAUCAUCACUACAUACAGAACAACUACAUUGUCUACUACAUCAAGCAAAACAUUCUUCUGGCCAUGCAGCAGGGAAUCACAAUCACCCUUUUCUGGAUCCCAUCUCACGUGGGUAUUCCGGGAAAUGAAAAAGCGGACGAAACAGCCAAAUCUGCCUCUCUAACGGGACUCUCUACAGCCUUCAGGAUUCCAUAUGAAGAGCUAUACGCUGUAUCUAAGGAACGAUUGCAUUGUAGAUUUACUGAAUAUCUUAAUUCAUCUGCUGGAUAUAAAGACGCUCUCAAUCAUGAAUACUUCCCUAGAACUUCCUCUAAACCUUGGUUCAAUGAUCUAUCUUGGAGUAGAAAUGAGAUUGUUAUGAUCAACCGACUCAGAUCUAACCACUAUAAUCUCAAUAGCAGCCUACACAGAGUGAAUAUAGUGGAAUCUCCUGCUUGCCCCUGUGGGAAUAAUAAUCAAGAUAUCAAUCACGUAAUUUUUCAAUGUGAAGUAUAUAAACAAAACUCUCUCCAUCUACGAAACUACCUUAAAUCCAAAUUUCCCCAACACCCUGAAAACAUAUUUCCCGCCCUAUCCAAUCCCUCUCCUAAGCUCUGCAGGCUCCUCACGACAUUCGCGGGAGCCUCUGAUCUGUUCUUUUAG